AUGGAACAACCUACUAAGCAGAAAUCUGUGCACGAUGCUGAUGAUGAUGGAAGAUUCAGCGACCUUCCAGACGAAAUUGUUCAUCGCAUUCUUUCUUUCCUCCGGAUGAGGGACCUUUCGAGACUAAGCGUGGUGUCAAGAAGACGCCGAGAGUUAUGCAUAUCAAACCCACAUUUGGAUUUGAGUAACAUCGAUUUGAUCAAUUCCGACGAAUCAAGCCGAUCUCGGUUCAACAGCUUUGUGGAUCGGCUCAUCUCUCUCCGCUGGAUGCAUCGGGUGAAGACGCAAACCUUUCGGCUCCGAUGGUCUUUCGUCGGCGGAGACGACGAAUACCGGGUGGCGACGUGGUUGCAGCAUGCAGUAAACAUGGGAGUUGCAAGAAUUAACCUUGAACUAGUCCUUGACCUCGGUAAACCCUUUGACUUGCCACAUUGUGUUCUGGGUUGUAAUUCCCUAAGGCAGCUCAAGGUUGAUGCCGGGGAUGGAUUUGUCAAAUUACCCUCUCCUUAUUUUGCUGCUACAAAUCUGCAGUGGUUAGAAUUACGCCCUGUUCGAAUCGGCUGCAAUGUUAACAUUGGAGAAUUGCUUUCAUCUUUCAAGUCCCUCAAGUGUUUGUGGCUUGAUAAAAUAAGCGGGACAAAGAGUAUGACAUUCACCAGCCCGUCUGUUGUAUCAUUAAUACUUUCAAAUUAUGAUGAUGAGCUCUGCAAUAUUAGCAUUCUGCAGGAAAAACUCCAGGUUCUUGGUAUAUCAUGGAGUUCAAAAUCUGGUGGUAAAUCAUUGACAAUCUCUGCUCCCAAUCUCAAAAGGUUUUAUUUGGGGGGAUCUGCAGUGGAUUAUUACAAUUGUAUGAAGGAUUUUCCUCAUCUGUUCAAUGCCGAAAUGGGUCUUCUUUCAUUUCCUACUCAUCAAGCUUCUAGCAAGCACAUCUUUGAUAAGAUUCUUCACAGCAUACAAAGGGCCAAAUGUCUAACCAUAAACGAAUGUUUUGUUGAGGUUUUACUUGAGCAGGGCUGCUUGCCAUUUUUAUUUGAUAAUUUAGAGCAUUUAACUGUGAGAAGAAGUUCAAGAGGUGUCCAAGUACUACCAUUGUGCUCGCUUCUUAGAGGAAUAAUUAAGCUAAAGCAUCUCACCGUAUCAUGUUUAACUCGGGACUUUGCUAAUGUGACAAACUCAAUGCCUUCAAGAGAGUUUUCAUUUAAGAUGGGAUAUUGGGAAUCUCAAGACCUCAUGUUUACUCGGCAAUUGAAAAAAGUAACUAUGGUGCUUUUCGAUAAAGAGGAUGAAGUGGAACUAAUCAAGUAUUUGCUCAAGAAUGCAGAGGAAUUGGAAGUGAUGGAAAUUUUGUAUACAUCACCGGUGUCAUCAGAUUUAAUUACUGAGAUAAGAAGAUAUGAUCAGAGAGGGUGAUGGACUCCAGCAGAAUAUAUUGGUUCUACUCUGUUUGUUAUGUUGUAUCAUUUCAAUAAGU